CCGUGUUUACCAAGCGAGCCGUUUGCUAGCUAACGUCAAGUCUUGAAAGUGACGCUCCUUAUCUCGCCCGACUGGAAAAGUGAGGUCUGAUUAGCAGACAGGCUGGCCAGAGAGAAGGGAAGAAGUGGCGUGUCGUUGACACCGCCAUUUAAUCACAACGACUUAGUGUCUGUAAGCAAACAUGUUGUCAGAGGGGAGCUCCUUCAUGAAGGGGAUGAUUAUGGGAGGCCUCUUCUGCUUGGUGUUGUCACUUCUUGGCAGCUUCACCCCUGGAACGGAGUCCAACUCUGAGGACCACCACCACCAUCAUGUCAAGGCCCCCAGUAAAGACGAGCUGAAGCGCUUCACUGAUUCCGAAAUGGAGGAGAUAAGACAACAAGUGCAGGUUUAUUGCAUCAUUAUGGUCCAGCCUAAGUUCCUGGUCUACUGGGCCACUGCUAAAGACACAUGGAGCAAACAUUGUGAUCGGGCGGUGUUCUACACUUCCGAGUCAUCUAAGGCCCUUGAGGCAGUAGACUUAAAUGAAAAAGAUGAAUGGGCUAGGUUACGCAAAGCUCUCAAACAUGCUUAUGAUAAUGCCGGUGACCUGCGCUGGUUCUUCUUGGCGCAACCUACCACAUUCGCCAUUAUUGAAAAUCUCAAAUACCUUGUUCUGGCUAAGGAUCCCAGUGAGCCAUUCUACAUUGGCCACACCUUGAAGUCAGGGGAACUGGAGUUUGUGGAGUAUGAAAGUGGCAUAGUUUUAAGCUAUGAAGCGCUGAAAAGGCUAGUGCACGUGUUCCGGGAUGAGGAGAAGUGUCCAGAACGAGGGCGUUCCUUGUGGAAGCUGAGUGAGGAAAAACAGCUGGCCAUAUGUCUCAAGUAUACCGGAGUGUUUGCAGAGAAUGGAGAAGAUGCACAAGGAAAGGGCCUGUUCAGCAGCAAGGGUGUGGACAGCCUCAUAUCCGACAGCAUGAAAAACAACCCCACAAAUGUAGUGGAAGGUUGCUGCUCUGACGUUGCAGUCACAUUCAGUGGGAUGUCCCCCAGUCAAAUGCAGGUUAUGAUGUUUGGAGUUUACAGGCUUCGCCCUUAUGGGCACAAUUUCCAUGACUCAUUAGUAUUUAAACCUCCACAGGAUUCAGAUAAUGACUAGCCACAAUCCUUUGGCACAUGGACACUUACAUGGCAUUUUAGAGACUGUUUCAGUGAUGGCAAACCUGACUAUUGGGUGAUGGUUUUCUUAACUCUAUAAAAAUUGAUGAGGUGUGAGGAUAUUUUAUGUAUUUUGUAACUUUUGCACUUUUGCAUAUUCAACAUCUCACACUUUUGUGGUGUGGAUAAAUUAAACAGAGUGCAAUGGUUCGAUUGAAUUGCAUUUUGUGCAAUGCUUUACUGUUUCUGUGCUUGUCAGUUUGGGUAAAUCCCUUUUAAAAAUAGGCCUAAACAACUUAAUGUGAUCAUAUCUCAUAGGGCUAAUGGUGGAAGUAAAUUGCUAAUAUCGUAUAAAUUUCAAGUGAGGUGAUUUAACUUUUAAGGUUUACAAUUUCUUUUUGGAGUCUAAAAGCCCACUUAAUCUAGUCUUUUUCACAAAUCUCUAAACAAGUGGCUGUUGACCACAAAAGUGGCUGGUUUUCUCAGUUCCUCAGAGCUUUAUUUUUAUUCUUACUUGUAAUGGGUUUACCCUGCAGCAGCAAAUUAUUCAAAUGAUACAUACCAUUGCAACAAAACCUUGUUAUGUUAUUGGCUCUGGGAAAAAAAUGGUAUGUGAUAGGAGCCUCUGUAAGUUACUGAAAUUGUUAUCAGCGUGUCCGCUUUUCUUACCUCUAUUUGUUAAUGGUUUUGGGAACAAACAUGAAAGUGCACCAGGCAAAAGGAGUGAUGGUAAAAACAAUGCUCAGCCAGAUUUGUGAGCUUUUAGUUGAAAUGGAUGCAUAAUCUGAGUGGUAUUAAAGGUAAAAGUUUUGUACAUUUAAGGAAAUCAUUUUUGUCGAACAAUUUUUUAAAGCAUCUUGAAUGUAUAAUAUUCCAGAUUUAAUCAUGGUAUUACUAUUAUGUGGUAUUCUGUCUUGAUUACUGGUUGCAAUUUUGACCAAUGUCAUGUCUUCACACAUUUAGACUAACAUUGAAAUAUCUGGGACUUGGCUGCCUCAACUGAGGUAUAGUACCUAUGUUUUCGCUGUCGACAACGAAAAUUUCCUCAAAAAUUAAGAAUUCUUAUUCAGUCGUUACAAUCCCACAAACCCUUGUAAACCACACAUACGGUUUCAUAAGCCCCAGAGCCAUAAAUCCCAUCUGUUAAAUAAGGACCUUGCAAACAUAACUUCAAGAAAGACUAAAGUUUUUUUUAACCUGAUCACAUUGUUAUAAAUGAAACUUAUAGAGCAAUUUUCUAACACUCAAAUUCACUUAACUUAGUUCAUAUUAUACAUGAUAAUGUAUAAUAUGAACUGUACAUGAUAAUGUAUAAUAUGAACACACAAAUUGGUUUAACAGUUCUAACAUUUAGACUGAAUACCGUGAAACAUGUACGACCACUACCUCUCCCUCAGCCAGUAUUGCAAUUUCCCUCUACUAUGCUGCAAGGCUUGGUGGGCCAUUCAAAUGUUUCGAGCUACACACAAUGAGAAUACCUGAAAAUCUGAUAUUGAAUUAUGGCCUUACCAUAAAUAAAUAUCUACA